UAUAACACAUUCACUUUUGAUGGACUUUCCCAUGUUCUGCCAGACAGCUCUUUUUCUGUUGACGUGUUCAAAUAAUGAAUCUCUUAUGUUUAAUUUUUUUCCAGGGAGCACAGCCAUGUUUCUAGUGGUUUUGCGGGGAUGCUGGGUAAUCCAGUCAGUCUCGCGCUGCAGCUGAGAACAGAUGGAGUAUCGCUGAUCCUACAGCUGCCAGGGAAGCAGAAAAAGAACAGCGUUUUCUGAUGAAUCCAAAGAAAUUGCUCGCAGAUUGUCUUCCUCAGGCUUUGAAAUGGAACCUUUAUGUGUGAUUCUUCUGCUUAUAAGUAAAACUUUAAUAGUCAACGCGCAAUUCAAUGGAUUUAAUUGUGACUCCAACUUCCACAGUCGCUUUCCCGCUGAGCGGGACAUCAGCGUAUAUUGUGGAGUGCAAACCAUAACACUGAAGAUUAACUUUUGCCCUGUGCUUUUCUCUGGCUACAUCGACACUGAUCUGGCACUGAAUGGUCGUCACGGUGAUGCCCACUGUCGAGGGUUCAUUAACAACAACACUUUCCCCACAGUUGUGCUGUUCAGCAUCAGUCUUAACACGCUUGAGGCGUGUGGAAACUCACUAGUGGUCUCUACAGCUCAGGGGCCCAAUGCCUAUGGAAACCUCUCAAUGGUCCAGAUUGGUAGCAUAUCGGGGUACAUUGACACUCCGGAUCCCCCAACAGUCAUCAGUUACCUGCCGGGACUGCUUUACAAGUUCAGCUGUAGUUACCCUCUGGAAUACCUGGUGAACAACACGCAGCUCGCUUCGUCGGCCGCAGCGAUAUCAGUGAAGGACAGCAAUGGUACUUUCAUCAGCACCUUGAAUUUACUCCUGUACAACGACUCCUCAUACAUCCAGCAUCUCGCCAUUCCCAUGGCUGGACUUACUCUGAAGACACGCGUGUUCGCUGCUGUAAAAGCCACUAACCUAGACAGGAGGUGGAAUGUUCUGAUGGACUACUGUUACACGACGCCCUCCGGGAAUCCUAAUGAUGAUCUACGUUAUGACCUUUUCUUUGGCAGAUGUGAUAAAGACCCACAGACAACGGUUUUUGAAAACGGAAAGAGCCAGAUGGGCCGGUUCUCCUUUGAGGUGUUCCGCUUUGUCAAGCACAAGAACCAGAAGAUGUCCACCGUCUUUCUUCACUGUGUGACCAAGCUGUGCCGAGCCGACGACUGCCCCAUGCUCCUGCCUAUCUGUGGGAAAAGAAAGAAAAGGGAGGUGUCGGAAAGAACGGGAAUGGCCUCAGACAACGCAGUCAUAACUGCAGGACCCAUCAUCACCAGAAGUGACGACACUCCCACCAAUAAUUCCCAGCUAGGACAGUCAAGUGAGCCUCCAUUCAAAAUGAAUUCAGUGACGAGUGCUUUGAUUUCCACCAUCGCAAUCCUCGCUGUUAUGAGCAUGUGCUUCUUCAUCCUGUCGAUUACGUUGCUGAAGGGGAAACACACGCCACCGACUCUGUCAGCAGCCCACAACCCAGCAUUCAGCUAAAGGCACACACACAACUGAACAAUACCUGUUACCUGUAGCUCUGUGCCUACAGUACACUAUCAUGAAAUACAGGGAAAUAAUAUAGUUUUAGAUUUCACAUCCUUUAGCAUACAGUAUAUAAAAUAGCCUGCUUUCAGAUUGCCCAACAUUAA